CAUUCUCAGAUGUUUCACCUUUUCUCCACCGCCUUAUCUUCCUUCUCUAAUAAUAUCUUUCUUUCUCUUUCUCUUGCUUUCUGGAUGGUUCCAUCCACUACCCUAGACGGCGUCAUACCGCCCACCACCUGUAAUACCGAAGUUUCCUUUUCCUUUCCACCUCCUUCUGUAUUUCGAUUACGGCUCCACUCGAUCUGCUCGACCUCCGGCAUCAGCAUGCAACUUUGUCGUCUCCGACUUCAUCGAUCUGCUGAAAAAAUUAAUCAAUGACGAGAUGAAAGAUCUAGAUAAAGAUGAUAGAGAAGAAACACGAAGGAAAUUGGUGGCGAUGGCGUUUGUCAUAGUCAGAGAAAAACGAUGUUGGAGGGGAGCUGGUGACGCUGGCGCCAAAGUACCCCUAUUAUUCCGUCGGCUUCACCUCUGUUACCCUUAUUCCUCCAUUGAUUUCGCUUCCGUGUUUCCUCCCAGUAAAACCCCUAAGUUCGACCAACCAUCGCCGCGUCGGAGUCAGCUUCAGAGACCCGGUCAGAUAUUGUAUAUCUCCGGGGAGCUUCACUAAAGAAAACGCGAGGAAGCUCUGGCUGUACACAAUGGAACGGAGUCGUUUGACGAUGUGAAUGGAAACGGAGUCGUUUCACGAUGUGAUGUAUGGGUUCAUCUGACUACAGAGGGCAUUCUUCUUCUGUAACGCCUUCCUAUACUUCUUCAACACCUAAUGCAUCCCUAAAGUUUAGGAACCAAAUGAUUCGACUCAGCCAUUGAUGCGACUUCAAGCCAAAGAUGAAACAUCGACAAAAUUGACGAAUAAGAUGCCACAUAAGGCUUUUUUCUCUAUGAGGUCAGGUGAAAGAAAGUAUGUUGAUGUCCGCUGGAUUGAGCCUUUUCAACAUUGGUUUGAUUUCGUGGCAGUAAUAAGAGUUUUUUGGCCUGUUAAGCCUUUCCUUGAUGACCACUGUGAUGAAACGCUUGGACUUAAAAAAUUGGCACAGGUUUAA